AUUUUUGGGUGUCGGAUCCGAUGAUGGAAAUGGCUGGUUCCACGACUGCUCUUUGCUCAACCUCAUUACCCCCCACGGCUUCUCCAAUUCGGAGUAACCCCUUCUCUUCCUCGGAACACUCUUCUUAUAAGUCAUCCUUCCCCAGACAAUUUCCCCUCCUUCCUCUCCCCUGAAUCCUACAUCUUCCGCCCCCGCGCACAAUGGUUCCAGCAAUCCGCGUCCCCGCUUCGGCAGCCAGCAGAGCCCGUAGCCUGCUGCGCACCGUUCAAUACACACAUCCUCCUUCAUGUCCCUGCCACUCGAAUCCCAACCAUCACCACCACCAUCCUCGGACUCCCAAUCUAGCCGAUCAUGUCCGACGGCAUAUGGCCACCCCUCCGGAUCCUUCCCGCGAGAAAGAGUAUGCCUUCGAGAUGGCCGCGUCCAGUAUCCGAUUUGGUCCCGGUGCUACCAAGGAAGUCGGUAUGGACUUUGCAAACAUGAAGGCGAAGCGUGUCUGUGUUGUUACGGAUACAAAUGUCGCCAAGUUGGACGCGAUGAAGCAGGCCGUUGAAGGGUUGACUCGCGAAGGCAUUGAGUUUACUGUCUUUGAUAAAGUCAGGAUAGAACCGAAAGAUUCAUCAGUCAAAGAAGCGAUCGCAUUUGCCAAACCUUAUAACCCAGAUGCCUUCCUCGCCGUCGGUAUGUAUCAGUUCAUGCCGUUUGUACCCUGUACUUUGCUAAUCUUCCCAGGUGGCGGUUCGGUAAUUGACACCGCAAAGCUCAUGAAUCUCUACACCGUAUUCCCCGAAGCUGAUUUUCUUGACUUCGUAAACGCCCCCCUCGGCAAGGGCCUCCCCGUCACAAGGCCCUUGCUCCCCCUCGUCGCCGUCCCCACAACAGCAGGCACAGGCUCAGAAACAACUGGCACCGCCAUCUUCGACCUCGUCUCCAAGGGCGCCAAAACUGGCAUUGCCCACCGCAACCUCAAGCCCACACUAGGCAUCUGCGAUCCACUCAACACACGGACCAUGCCCUCGGCCGUGCACGCUUCCUCGGGUCUUGACGUCCUCUGCCACUCGCUCGAAUCCUGGACCGCAAUCCCCUACAACGAGCGCACUCCGCGCCCCACAAACCCCAUCAACCGCCCCGCAUACCAGGGCGCAAACCCCAUCUCCGAUAUCUUCUCCCUCCAAGCCCUCCGCAGCACAGUCAAAUACCUGCCUCGCGCAGUCAAGGAUCCCGAAGACUUCGAGGCGCAGUCGCAAAUGCUCCUCGCCGCUACCUUGGCCGGUGUUGGCUUCGGAAACGCAGGUGUCCACCUCUGCCACGGCAUGUCAUACCCGAUCUCCAGCCAGAACCCAGGCUACAAGCACGCCGGCUAUGACGUUGAACACCCCAUCAUCCCACAUGGUGUCUCCGUCGCGGUGACUGCCCCCGCAGUUUUUCGAUUCACAGCGGCCUCUAACCCAGAUCGCCACUUGGCCGCUGCAGAGGCCUUUGGCGUGGAUAUUUCAACUGUCAAGCGGGAGAGUGCCGGCGAGGUACUAGGCGAAGCGUUGUCCAAGUUCCUUUACGAUCUCGGUGACCAGCCUCUAGGUCUGAAGAACCUGGGCUUCAAGUCAGGAGACAUUGAGUCUCUGGUUGAAGGGACACUUCCCCAAAGGCGAGUUCUGAUGCUCGCGCCUAACCUCAACAGCGAGUUGGAAGCUGAGAAGGAUGAGCUCAGAAGUCUAUUAGAGCAGUCUUUGGAAUACUGAACCCAUUGUAGCUUAUCACGAGAUGAACUGAGCAUGAGUGAGGUGAAACUUCUAUAUAUACUUGAUCCAGACAAAAACAAUUCAAAACUCCAAAACCAAGAACAUGACAACGCUAUAACAAUGCUGGUGAAACAAGACCUUAGUCUUGAACAAUUGCAGUGCCAAUCAUCCCCAAGCCAGAAGCUAUGCGAUCCAGCCAAGUAACGGCGAUCAAAUCGAUCCGGUCACUCGAUGCGACAGGAGGACCGCGGUCCAGUUCUGAUACCACUCUGAAAGAAAGCGCAGUGCUGCCUUGGGGUUGCGCCGCCGCCCUUGCUAGCCUGUCUAGCAGAUCUGCUAGGAUGGCAAGGGUAUGCUCUGCCCCCUGAAUAAUCCGAGAAGGGCCGCUCUCCAUCAUAUCUUCCUGCGGGGGGCCACGGUGCAAGCGUUGAUCAUGCUCCAUGCUGGCUUGGAGGAUCGAGACCGCUUCGCUCAAACUGUUGCUGGUGGCUUGGAUGCGGUUCAUCAGUUCCGGGAUUGCAGCUGUCACUGAGGGAGAAGGGUAGAGGUAGGCUAGUUCGAGUGCCUCGCUAAGAUAGCGGGGACACUUGACUAUCUCUACAAACACCAGCUCGAUUGAAUGUGUGGACGAGGACCACUCAGAGGGCAUGCGGGAGUCUUCAACCCCAAUCUGAAGCGAGAGCUGUAACCAGUCUUCCUCGUCUAGAAAACACGGUUUCCCUUUAUAUACUGCGGUGGCGAUCAAGAAGCCGCGGUAGGAGAUGUAGAAGGAGCGUAACAACCCCUGAACAUGGGCUUCGGCUCCGCGGCUGUACAUCAGCCGUCUGACACCGUCCGCGUGUACGACCCAUGCGUCGCUGCUUGUCUGCGCGUACAUUUCGUAGACGCUAAGCAUCAUCAUCGUGCACAGCAUGGCGUCUGACAGAGCCUCGUCUGACACUGUGUUGGAAGUCUGUAGUGCUUGCGCAACCUCAUCAAGCGUCUGCGCGUACAUCUGUCGGCUGGUUUUGAGAAGAUCGGAGUCUUGCGACAGGUAAGCGAGAUAAACGGAGCUAAGACACGCAACGGCGGCAUCUAGAAACUCGUAAGACCCGAUAUGGUCGAUCACAAAGGACGGAAAGUCAAGUCCGUUGGGCGUACGAAAUCGAUUGUGGUAAUACAUGGUUGGAAAGGCAGUGCGAAUCAAAUCGAUAAAGCAUUCAAUGUGCUGCUUCUCGAGUAGCAUGCGCGCCGGAGAGCCAGUGUUGACGUAGUCUUCGCCCAUAGAAGCAUGUUUGCGCAUCAUGGCAAGCACAUUAUUGCGAAGUGUCUGCGCAGCAUCUGCGACAGGGGAUUCGGAGCUUGUGGCCGACUGUCUGCAGGCGCGGCUAGCGGACGAUAGAUGUCGGCGUUCAAGGCCUGGGCCUUCAUCCUGAAAGCGGAAAGUGCGCCGGUAUCCUGGGCAUGGUUGACCGUAUCUUCGGCAUUGUGAGCACUCUGGCUUGACUUUAUCACACUGGGGAAAGUCAGGAUUAGAGGACAGUGGCACCACGGGAGGUCAGACUGGACGCACCCUGAUGCGUCGCUCACGGCAGCGGGAGCAACCAGUGCUAUGAGGAACGCCAACCAUUGUCCAGCCAACUGGACAUAUCCUUGAAGGCGGAUUCUUUGCUGAGGCUCGAAUCGCACGGGGAUCGGCGCAGAAAAGCCCGAGGAAUAGAUAUAGGAGAUGAACUGGGAAAGGAAAUUGAUCUCGAGCCGGCGAUUGACAUGAGCGUUGGAGGGGUUUUUACUCUCUCCAGGGCGAGCGUCCAGCAAAAGCGUUCAGUAGGUCCAGCCCGAGUGACAGCACUAAUUCAGCGAAUUGGAAAAUGAUAUUGAGCCUUUCAGGAUCUCGGGCGUCGUCCAUGACCGCCGAGUGCUGUCAUUGCCAUCUCCACGACCCUCGGUACUGUUAUUUUUGGAGAUUAGAGAGAGGAUCGAAUCCAUCCGA